AUGCUCACAUACAAAAAUCUGUCGAGAACAGAUAUUGGAUGUUCUAAUCUAGAGACUACACUGACAUCAUCCGGCUUUAAAAGCCCAAAACCAAUAUGCAACUCAAAUGAAAGCAAACUAAUGGAAAUUUUACCGUAUAAGAGUGUUGCCAUUGGUGCAGAGAAUGUCAAAUAUGAAAAUUUUGGUAAUAGGAGAGUUGAAUAUAAUGACACAGUCAACAAUAUCAUGUGA